AUGCUGACAAAAAAGAAACAACUAACAAAUUUAGAGUGUAAACGAGAAGAUAGGGCAACAAAUGAGUCCGAUUCAUCACUAAAAUUAAGCCUAGAGUUUGAAGUUGGAAGAGCGUUGGUAUUGCGACCCAAUCAGAUUGUGAGAGGAGCAAUUAUAUUAAAGGUUUCCGAAACUGAUAGAACCAUAUGGGCAUCUACCAUUAAAGUCAAAUUUCGAGCGGAUGAAACUGCUACAUCUCAUCUAAUGUCAUGCACUGCAAGAACCACAUUUUUUGAAUGUAGCAGUACAGUUUGGAGUGGUAGCCUUGGGGGUAGAGUUAAUGAUUAUUGUCCCUGGAAGGAGCUUACUCCAGGAGCGUAUAGGUUUAAUUUUGCACUAAAGGGACCAAAAGGGUUCUCAAUACGUUACGUAUGGCAGCCUGUGAUUGAAGGUGCUGGUGGAACACUCAUUGAAGGACCCGAAGUUGUUACACCUUUCAUUCCGAUCUAUUUUGCACCACCUGAUCAAGUAUGGACCUAUAAAGAGACCUUACGUAAUGAAGAUAAAAUUUUGAUGCACGUUGAAGCGAUUCUACCAAAGCAUGUGUUUGCACCCGGUGAAGAAUUUAAUUUCGCUCUUCAUAUUACAAACCAUUCUGCCGGACGUAUCACAUACACUCAAUGUUCUCUUCGUAAACAUUAUGAAGGUCCUCUUGAUAAGGAUAUCAUAUGUGACAAGCAUGAACGUUCGCUUGCUUCUACUGAAGGACGUUGUGAUAUACCGGCCAUGCAGCGUCUGCAGACCGGAAAGAUCGAAUUUUCACUUACAAUUCCUAAGAAACACCAUCAUGUGCCUCCGACAUUUACAGGGCGUCAUUUACGAGUGUACUACACUUUGCGAUGCGUUAUUCAAGUAGAAUCUGGUAAAUUUAUUACUAACAUGCAAUUCUAUGAAGUUACCAUUCCUAUUUCUGUGGCAUCAUUCCCACAUUUGAAAGGACUAGUCAACUCUUUCCCUCCAUAUUCUGAAUCUCGUGUCAAACCGUACUUUUUUGAUCCUAAAGAAGAUUUUCCACCUGAUCAUACUGAAAACAUUAAAUCACCUUAUUCCGUUUUGAUGUCGCAGUUUGACGCAUUUUGUGAAGGAUUUGAUCUAGAUCCAUACUCUUAUUAUUAUAGUGAUAAUACCUCUAGUAAUAAUGGUAGUCUUAUUGAAAAUACACGAUUCGUUACCAUACCUAAUAAUAUAUAA